AUGCUUUUUUGGUUGCUGUCCUGCAUUUCGAGGGCAGCCGUAAGCGCAACGACUAUCUGCCCACAUCCGUUUAUUCCCCAAAAUGGCCACGUGGUCUUUGAUGCACCAGCGCCAUAUUUUCUUAAUACCGUAGCCAAAUACAGUUGUGCCCCGGAAUUUGAAAAAGUCGGUGGUACCGACGAAAGAGUAUGUUCGUCGACUGGCUCAUGGAGCGGUGAAGCACCGGUGUGUGCAAUCGAUGUUGCUGCCGGUAAACCGGCUUUCCAGUCAUCUGGGACUUCCUUCUAUUUUCCUUCUCGAGGACUUUGCACUGUCACCGACAAUACGACCGGAUCAUGGUGGGAAGUCGAUCUACUCAGUCCAUAUUCUAUUCAUGGUGUAGCGAUUCGGCUUGGUAAACUGACAUCAUCGAUUCUAAACGUAUAUCUGAUUCAAGAAAAUGGUGACCUUCACGUAUGUGAUACCUCUGGUUAUUCUUUCCUCGAGAACACGACCGUGUAUUUGCAUUGCGAACUAGAUGAAGUCGAAAAAGUUAGAAUUGUGGCCGAACACCGACUUCAUCUUUGUGAAGCUCGGAUCUAUGCAGUCGAUGCGGUGUCAUCAUGGCAGUGUUCUCAAGGAACGAUGGACGUGCUUGGCGUGUUCGACGGACUUUGCUACAGCGCUUCCAAAGAGGAGCGAGCCGAUUGGCAAGGAGCCCAACGACGAUGUUUGGACAGAGGAGCCACACUUCCAAUGAAAAUUACCGAUACUGCUCAACGAGGACUUAAAGCCGCACUCAAAUCCUCUACCCAACAGAAGGAUUUCUAUUGGAUAGGAGUGACCUCGUCGCUGACGAAUUGGCGUUGGGCUGAUGGGACAGUUGUAUCCGACGAGGAAGCCGACUGGUCCGGAUCUCCCAUUCAACCAGCCAAUCGUCCAGAAGCGAUCGUGAUGGCUCGAGUGGCAGACUGGAAAUGGAUACCAUCAGCUCAAAAUGUUUGGAAUUCGUUUCUAUGUCAGAGUAGACCAAAAUCGUGCACGUUUCCGGGAAUCUCUGAAGCUGGACGAGUUUCAUUCACUUCACCAAACUUCGCAAUUGGAACGCGAGCUGUGUAUUCGUGUGAAACGGGCUACGAACUGAAAGGUGAUGUUGAGCGGCAUUGCGACGAAACAGCCCGAUGGAGUGGGACCAUACCGAAGUGUCAAAAAAAGAAGUGCGAUAGCAUGGAGGUAUGGCGUGGCGGUGGAAUAGUGCGACUACUGAACGAGACAGCUGAAUUUGGCAAUGAGAUUCAAUAUGAAUGUCUGAAUGGAUGGAAACUCAUAGGCGAAGAAAGGAGGCGGUGCAUGCAUGACGGUACCUGGAGCGGCGUAGCUCCAUAUUGUAAAGGUCUCGAAUUUCUAGACUUUCGCUAA